UUACAAGGUAGCAGCAUAAGCAUUCAUUACAAAAGCUAAUAUUAAUAAACACAGAUAGAGAUAUCAAUGGCUGAAGCAAAAGGAGUGGCAGAAGCAGGAAGAGUCGCCAAGCACAUUAUUUUGGCAAAGUUCAAAGAAGAUGUUUCAGCUGAAGAGAUUCAACAACUCAUAAAGGGAUAUGCCAAUCUCGUCAAUCUUAUUCCACCCAUGAAGUCUUUCCGUUGGGGCACAGAUGCAGGCAUUGAGAACCUGACAGAAGGUUACACUCAUGUGUUUGAAUCUACCUUUGAGACAACACAAGGAAUUGCAGAGUACGUAGCUCAUCCUGCUCACAUUGAAUAUUCCAAUCUUCUCGCUCCUGCUCUGGAGAAAGUCCUUGCCAUGGAUUACCAGUCCGAUAUCGUUCAACUCUAAAUUGCACUUCUUUUUUCUUUCUAAAGGAAGUUUGCUAAGAAUGAAUCCAUUAGAUUCCUUUCACUCUUCUUCUUUUACUUAUUUAUUUAUUUUUUUAUGGAGUAUGAAUUUGCAGAGAAUAAAGGCUCCAGCAAAGGCCAUAUAUCUUGGAAUAAUUUGGUGAUGUUGAAGCUCCCCAUUUGUAUUUAAUUCAUUUCUUUUUUUUUUUUUUUUUUAUCUUUGUGUUGGUCAAUUAAUAAAAUAUGUGAUUAUUGGAA